UCGAUUAUCAUCGCUAAAGUACACAUUUCACUAUUUUAAUCCAAAACAUUCCUUUGUCCUGAUAUAAUAAUAAAUUAUUCAUUUCUUGUUAAAUAAAAUAAAUAAAGUCGAAGCGGGCAAUUGUGUCAUCCGCAUUAGAAUGCCGUAAAAUGUGUAAAACUACUUUUAUCUACUAUUUUUGGAUUCUAAUGCUGAACAGUUUUUGGGAAUUUACCAGUGGCUAUAUAAAUGUACGCUUGCAGGAUAACUUAUGCUCUGAUAAAAUAUGGCUGAAAGUGGAAAAGGCUUUACGCGGCGGUUCCUCCAUGGUAUUAGGCGACGAUCGCAACUCGGCUGCAAUAAUACAUCAAGUAUGGAAUAGUACGUAUCCCGGUAUACACGCAUCAAAUAAAAUAAGCUAUGAUUGCCGUUUUCAUGUGCACAGUAACUAUAAGAAAUCGCCUCCUCGCGGUAUUUACACAUUGGUAACACGUUUAAAAUUUCGGCGCGAUCCCGGGAGCGGAAAAUGUUUAGAUUACAUACAAUUUCGUGACGGAAAUCGUUCACCGACGGAACCUUACUGCAACGAUAUUUCUAUUGAUGGACCUGGCCGCUUAAUAUUUGAUGAACGGAACCGUGAGGUUACAGUCAAUAUACAUAUAGAUAAUGAACAUAUGAUUGUUGAACCUCUAGAACUACGUAUGGUUUUAACAGCUCAUUCUCAAUGCAAAUACACUGGAGAUUUCCUAUGCGAUUCCGCUGAUACUUAUUCCUGUAUAUCAAGGCAUUUUGUACGUGAUAACAUCACAAAUUGUAUGUAUCCUUGUCGCGAUGAAGUGUCAUGCUUUCAUGACGCAGUUUCUUCAUUGGAAGUUGACACCACAAAUGUGGCGCUCUCGGCCAUCACAUCGUUUAUAUUUACCAUGGUAGGUGUUGGAUUUUGUGUGUGGAUUUGUUGGAAAUAUUGGAUUUGCAUAACGGUUCAGCAACAUGCCCAUGAAGCUUCAGGACGUCAAAGGCAACGCGCGCAACAGCAAACCUUAGAACAGCGCACCGAGCAAAUAAUCAAUGUUCCAAUAAUUGAAAUGCCAAUGCCUCCAAAUUUCGACGAUGUUUUCUCUUCUCAUGCCGCUAAUAACAAUUCAAAUAAUCAUUAUCCUCAACCGCAGCAGGAACAGCAAAUAACGCCAAAAGAUUUGCCUCCCAGUUAUGAAUCUCUGUUUCCUGAUAGGUAAACCAACUCUCGCACCUCACUAUAUAUAAGUCAAUUCAUAAAACGAAUUUAAAACGAUGUGUUCAAAAAAAACACAUAUACAGAGACAGUAGUAAAGUCGUGAAUUAAAAAAAAAAAAUUGCAUUAAAAGACAUCCUUAGAAUCUUCCGCCAUAUGCCAGGAGCAAUUAUGCAGUUAAUACAUUUUAAAUUAGUAUCUUAUUAGGCCUACAAGUAAAUCAAAAGGCAAAUCUUAAUAAAAGGAAAAAAAGGCAAUUGAAUAGUGAGUAACGUUUCAUUUGCUCGCUUUUGUGUAUGUGUGUUUGUGUGUGUGGGUGUGUACGUACCUAGUUCAAUAUAUGUGUAGAUAGUUAGUUGCCUUCUUUUUUAACAAGCCGAGAAAAUAGGCAUCUAAAAAUCGCUAGGAUUUUAAUGUAAAUAAACCAUGAAUUGUGACUAGCACCGAAAAUUAUACAAAAAAAAAAAAAACAAAAACAAGAAA